UAUUCGAUGACCUGAUACUUUUAUAUCAUCAUACACCUACUUCGUACGGCCCUGAGACUGUCUCGAGGUGUCGUAUGAACCUUCUUGCGAAAACCGUGAUCGACGACAACGGACGGGGAAGAAAUAUCGAAACUGGUCCAUUAAAACGGCCCUUUGAUCAUUUAAUAAGACAGCUCCUUAACCGAUGAAUCCGAAUGUAUCUCUCCAAGCCCCCACCCUCCUGUAGCCGACAGCACCAAUUACCACGACCCGCUGAGAAGGAGACGGGAGAAGCUAUCGGAGAUAACUAUGGCUGGCUCGUUCUUGCGAAAGAGAACAUUAGACGAGAACUUGAGGGGUCAAAGAUGGAGCUCGAACUCGUCAGAGACUUGCUGAGCGAGCUAGAGGUCGGCUCUAAAAUAAGGCGAUCUAACCUCGGAGCUAGGGAUCAGGUGUUCCUUAUGAGGGCCUGCCAGGAAUAUUCCGGCUCGAGAUCCUGUAUGCUCGAAGAACGACUGCGACAGAUCGAUUUAUGGUUGGGCGAUGUACGUAUAGGUCGAGAUGUUCCUCAUAGAGUGCCAGAUGAGUAUGUCGCACCCAACGAGAUUAUCCUGAUAGAAAUCUCCCCGGUAGAUGAUUACAUCAACGAGAAUAUCUUUUUUUUCCAAGUCACGUUUUUCUUAUUUCUCUUUACUUCUUGCGAUCUAAACAUCUAUAUCUACUAAUUGUAUUCAUAUAGAUGGAGUAUGGUUGAUAUUGAAU